AUGCAGGUCGCCCUGAAGGAGUCUGUCCAGCGGACCUACGAGAAGGCCACUACACUUCGACCUAAGAACACGCAGAGAGCAUACAGCAGUCGGCAGCAGGAGUUCUUAGACUGGUGCUCGGAAAAAGGAGCAGCAUUUAAUAACCUGACCCGGUUUACAGUUACUGGUGAGAAGCUCCAUCUCUUCCUACAAGAGCGCGUAAUUGGCCGGACCAAGCGCCACAAGAGUGGAAGUACACCCAGCGACAGAAUUGAAACCCAAUCUCGGGCUAAAGUGAACAGCAAUCCCUCCCCCAGAGACGAAGCUGUGACGACCCUAUUGAAGUUGACAGAGUACGAAGAAGACGAGAGGAAGCGGAAAUUUUUAGAGGACCGUGGAGCUGAUACACUACUGGAUGGCCAUACGACAAUCGAUCAAGUUAAGGAGAUAGCUCGGUAUUUCUGGACACCGGCACGCGAUUCAGGCAAAAACUUGCGGAAU